AUGGGACCCCCUUCCAGCUCCGGCUUCUACGUGAGCCGCGCGGUAGCCCUGCUGCUGGCCGGGCUGGCGGCCACGCUCCUGCUGGCGCUGGCUGCGCUCGCCGCCCUGUACGGCCGCUGCGCGCGCGUGCCGCCGUCGGAACUUCCCCACCGCGCCGGCCCGGACGCCGCGCCCUCCCCGCCGGGCACGCCGGAAGAGCCGCUGCCCCCCGGGCGCACCCGCCCCACUCGGGAGCCGGCGGUGACCGCCACCACGGGCCACGGGCGCCCCCCAGGACCCUGGGACCAGCUGCGCCUGCCGCCGUGGCUCGUGCCCCUGCACUACGAGCUGGAGCUGUGGCCCCGGCUGCGGCCCCACGAGUCCUGGGCUCCGACGUUGACCUUCACGGGUCGGGUGAACAUCACCGUGCGCUGCACCGCGGCCACCAGGCGGCUGCUGCUGCACAGCCUCUUCCUGGACUGCGAGAGCGCCGAGGUGCGGGGUCCUCUCGCCUCCGACGCCGGAGACAGCACGGUGGGCCGCGUGCCGGUGGACGACGUGUGGUUCGCGUUCGACAUGCAGUAUAUGGUGCUGGAGCUGGGCGGCCCGCUGCAGCCCGGGGGGCGGUAUGAGCUGCAGCUCAGCUUCUCCGGCCUGGUGUACCAGGACCUCAGGGAGGGGCUCUUCUUCAGCGUCUACACAGACCAGGGGGAGCGCAGGGCCCUUUUGGCAUCUCAGAUGGAACCCACGUUUGCCAGGAGUGUGUUUCCUUGUUUUGAUGAGCCAGCUCUAAAGGCAACUUUUAAUGUUACAAUUAUUCAUGAUCCGAGCUAUGUGGCCCUUUCCAACAUGCCAAAGCUGGGUCAGUCUUUGAGGAGAGACACGAACGGAAGCGAGUGGACCGUCACUACCUUUUCCACGACGCCCCACAUGCCGACUUACUUAGUGGCUUUGGCCGUAUGUGACUAUGCCUACGUGGACAGAAGCGAAAGGGGCAAGGAGAUACGCAUCUGGGCCCGGAAAGACGCCAUCGAGAACGGAAAUGCAGACUUUGCUCUGAACAUCACAGGUCCCAUCUUCUCUUUCCUAGAAGAUUUAUUUAAUAUUAGUUACCCUCUUCCCAAAACAGAUAUAAUUGCCUUGCCUACUUUUGACAACAGCGCAAUGGAAAAUUGGGGACUAUUGAUAUUCGAUGAGUCAUUAUUGUUGAUUCAACCAAACGAUCAAGUAACAGACAAAAAGGCUGUGAUCUCCUUCAUUCUCUCCCACGAGAUUGGACAUCAGUGGUUUGGAAAUUUGGUUACCAUGAACUGGUGGAAUGAUGUCUGGCUCAAAGAGGGUUUUGCAUCUUAUUUUGAAUUUGGAGUAAUUAACUACUUCAAUCCUAAAUUCCCAAGAAAUGAGAUCUUUUUUUCUAACAUUUUACGUAAUGUCCUCAGUGAAGAUCACGUCCUGGUGUCUAGAGCUGUGUCCUUGAAGGCGGAAAAUUUCACAGAAACCAGUGAAAUAAAUGAGCUCUUUGACUUGUUUACUUACAACAAGGGGGCGUCUUUGGCCCGAAUGCUUUCUAGCUUCCUGAAUGAGAAUUUAUUUAUCAAUGCACUCAAGUCCUAUUUGAAGACAUUUUCUUACUCAAAUGCUGAGCAAGAUGAUCUAUGGAGGCAUUUUCAAAUGGUCAUCGACGACCAGAAUAAAAUCCUUUUGCCAGCCACAGUGAAAAGCAUAAUGGACAGUUGGACCCACCAGAGUGGCUUUCCAGUGGUCACCUUAAAUGUAUCCACCGGCACCAUCAAACAGGAACCGUUUUAUCUUGGAAAGGUUAAAAACGAGACUCUCCUAACCCACAAUGACACAUGGAUUGUACCUAUUCUUUGGAUAAAAAAUGGAAUUACACAGUCUCUAGUCUGGCUAGAUAAAAGCAGCAAAAUAUUUCCUGAAAUGCAAGUUUCGGCUUCCGAUCAUGACUGGGUGAUUCUAAAUUUGAAUAUGACUGGAUAUUACAGAGUUAACUAUGAUCAAUUAGGUUGGAAGAAGCUAAAUCAACAGCUUGAAAAAGAUCCUAAGGCCAUUCCUGUUAUCCACAGGCUGCAGGUGAUUGACGAUGCCUUUUCCUUGUCUAAAAACAAUUAUAUUGAGAUUGAAACAGCCCUUGAUUUAACCAAGUACCUUGCUGAAGAAGAUGAAAUCAUAGUCUGGUAUGCGGUCUUGGUGAACCUGGUAACCAAGGAUCUUGUUUUUGAUGCGAACAGCUAUGAUAUGUACCCGUUAUUAAAGAAGUAUCUGUUGAAGAGACUUGCCUCGAUAUGGAAUGUAUAUUCAGCUAUUAUCCGUGAAAACUCAGUAGCGUUACAAGACGACUAUUUAGCCCUAGUAGCCCUGGAAAAACUUUUUGAAACGGCGUGCUGGUUGGGCCUUGAAGACUGUCUUCAGCUGUCAAGAGAACUCUUCAAAAACUGGACGAACCAGCCAGAGAAUGAAAUACCUUCUCCGAUUAAAAGUGUCAUCUUAUGUUAUGGCAUUGCCUUGGGAAGCGAGGAAGAAUGGGACUUCCUGUUGAACAUGUAUGCGAAUAAAACAAAGGAAGAGGAAAGGAUUCAACUCGCUUAUGCAAUGAGCUGCAGUAGAGACCCAAGGAUACUCAACAGGUACAUGGAGUAUGCCAUUACUGCAUCGCCUUUCGCUUUUAAUGAGACAAAUGUCAUUGAAGUGGUGGCGGCGGCGGAAGUGGGCCGGUACAUUGCAAAGGACUUUCUAGUCAACAACUGGCAAGCUGUGAGUGAAAGUCUUUACCUUUUUAACCACAGCAAGGCUUCGGGUGGGUAUGGAACACAAUCACUGGUUACUCUCAUGAAUAUAAUAGGGAGAACCAUCAGUACAGACUUGCAGAUUACAGAGCUACAGCAGUUUUUCGGCAACAUGUUGGAAGAGCACCAGAGGCUCACGGUCCAUGCCAAAUUACAGACAAUAAAGAACAAAAAUCUGGAAAACAAGAGGCGUAGUGCCAGGAUGACGGCAUGGCUACGGAGGAACGCGUAACGGGCGCCCUUCCAGCCUGCGUGGAUGGAUUCCGCUCCCACUUGGGUCUCCCAGGGCUUCGUGAGUCUGCAAACCCACAUGUGUUGUUAUUCCUCUGUCAGUCACGUUCGCUCCUCCCAGUCCUUCCUGUUCUUCCCAGGCUGUCACGUUUGGCCCUGAGACUCCGUGAUUCCCGAGGAUGCUGCCAACCCAGGGGAAGAUUUCACUUCACGCUGGGCUGUGAAGCCACAGAAUUGACUCCGGGGUGCCUCCUGAAAGCAAAUGCACCUCAGAAAGCCUUGCUUAUUCUGUCGGGAAAGCCAGCGGAGUAUUAGAUGCUUGGCUCACGGAACACAUUCUUCUCCGAGGGAAACACAGACUUGUAAUGCUCUGGGGUUUAUGGAGUUCAAUAUGUAAAAGGGUCAUGAGCCAAUAACACAACAGGGCAAAGAAAGAGAAGCCAGAAAAAUAAUACGAGGACAUAGAGAAGCCAAGGCAAAAACAUUUUAGAAAGAAGGAACAGAUUGUUGUAGGAGCCACAUGACGUGCCUUAAGGACCAGACGUGGGUCUUCCGCCCAUUUCUCUCUUCCCACAGGGCCUAUCGCGUUGUGCCACACCUUACAGGCCACUGAAGUUUAGGGUGUCCCUAAAAGAACCCAGAUCACAGGAUCCAUAAAGUGCCCUUCGGGUUAUGGAGGCCGGAAGGACAAGAAGGAACCUUCCUGAAGCCGGAGACCUCAUCCCUUCCUGUAGGCCGGACACUCACUCAGCCCAAGUUUAGGAGCAAACAUAAGGAUGUCGACAGAUGGUAGCCAUGGGGGACUGAAUUUCAGCAUAAAGGGAGGUGGUCAAAUAAAGAGAAAGAGAACAAAAAGGCUAACCAGACCACACUCUUCAGCUCUGCACUCAGGGGACGAAAUUGGAAACGUGGUUUCAUUUGGCCAAGUUGAACCUGCUUUUGGUGGGGACAACUUGAAACGCGUUCAUCGGUUACCACAUCAGGAAUUGGCUGAGUUCUCUUACCCCAGACUAAAUCAGGAUGGCCAAGGCAAAUCGUCCCACUCUAGACUGUGCGUGUGUUUGAUGUAAUUCUGUUUUCAUUUGGAUUCUGCUUUUGUAGAAUGGGGGUAAGAAGAAACUACAGAUCUCCGAUCUACCUCAGAGGGAUGUAAAGAUUAAGCACCAUGUCGGUUAAAAAAACCUUUAAAUACGUUGUAUAAGCUCAAGGCCCUGUGAUCUCGGGUUCCUCUCCCCCUUGUGUAAGUUGAUGCAGCCACAAAUGAAAAUGCAAAAAACCAGAGUUGCCUUUUGGAUCCCCUUCACAAGAAGAUGCUCCCUGCGUGAGUGGGAGGUCUGGGUUGUGGCCCCGAAAACCAACCAAAGCCCCAGUCCCUCAGACUUUGGCCAUGGGUCAUAGGUCAGAGAGCUUUUUCUUUAAAUUUAGAAAUGUAAAACUUAAGCAAUAAAAUAUCACCAUGUCUUCGAA